AUGGAUGCCAACGAGAACGAAUAUGAACGGCCCUCACUGGCAAGUUCCCUCCCCAAUCUCCCCUGCGUGAGAAAGAGAAAGCGCUCAGCUGAGCAUGAUUCCUCGCGGGCGAGGAAGAAGUGCAAGCCAGCCCUCAAUGACCUCCACAAGCUGCUGGUCACCUACCAGGGCUUGAAGCAAAUGCAGCGGGAGUUGAACGAGAAGCUCGCCGUGUGCGAAAAGCAAAUUGCCAAGCACAAGUUUGGCAGUGCCUCGGGAAAGACUCGCCGCCGCCGCCGCCGCCAAUCCACUUUCCGGCGCGUGCAGUCUCCCCUGCGUGAGGUUUUCAAUGUGGAGGAAGUUCCUCCCACGUUCUGGGUGAGCGUGGGACAGUGGUUCUGGGGUUGGUGGUGA